UCAAAGAAGAGCCUAGAAAAACAGAUUGCAAAUGGUGAGCCCACUGCACCAGCUGGACAUGUGGCUGCUGCUGCUGCUGAAACUGUGGGGGUGCGUGGGGGUGGAGUGGAGGAAGAAGCAGAAUGAAUUGUACAGCCUGCAGGUACAGCGUCAGGUGACGGUGCAGGAGGGCCUCUGUGUCCAUGUGCCCUGCUCCUUCUCCUACCCCGGGGAGGAGGAAAUGGACUGGAUGCCAGUCCAUGGCUACUGGUACAAGUCUGAAAAGCUGAAGAUUCUGGUGGCCACAAAUGACCCAGCGCAACAGGUGCAUGAGGAGGAAAAGGGUCGAUUCCACCUCCUCGGGGAUCCCAAGAUCAACAAUUGCUCCCUGGGCAUCAGAAACGCCAGGGAGAAAGACAAGGGGAUGUACUUCUUCCGAGUAGAGAGAGGGAAUAUAAAAUGGACUUAUACUGGUAACAAACUGUCCCUGAGAGUGACAGCCUUGAACCGCACCCCUAACAUCCUUCUCCUGGGGACCCUGGAAGCCGGCAGGCCCAGUAACAUCACCUGCUCUGUGCCCUGGGCGUGUGAGCAGGGGGCACCCCCCAUCUUCUCCUGGAGAUUGGCUUCCGUGUCCCCCCUGGGUCCCCAGGUCACCCAGUCGGCAGUGCUCACCUUCACCCCCCAACCCCAGGACCAUGGCACCAACCUCACCUGCCAGGUGACCCUGCCUGCAGCCAAUGUGACCAGGAGUGCGGCCAUUCAGCUCAGCAUCUUAUAUUCCCCACAGAACCUGACCCUGAUGGCAGUGUCCAAAGGAGCCAGCUCAGCCCCGGAAGCCCUCAGGAAUGGCUCAUCUGUCUCGGUUCAAGAAGGCCAGGCUCUUCGCCUGCUAUGCUCUGCAGAUGGCCACCCCCCUGCCAAGCUCAGCUGGUCCUGGGGUAACCUGAGCCUGUGCCCCACUCAGCCCUCUGACCCAGGCAUGCUGGACCUCUCUCCAGUCAACCUGCAGCAGGGUGGGGAGUUCACCUGCCAAGCUCAGAACGUCCUGGGUGCCCAGCACGUGUCCCUGACCAUCUCCCCACAGAGCAAAGCGGAGUCUCUGUCGGGAAUGCUGCUGGGGGCUGCUGGUGGCGCCGGCGUAGUCAUCCUGCUCCUCUUAGGCAUCUGCCUCCUCUUCCUCCUAGUCCGGUCCUACAGGAGGAAGUCAGCAAGGCCAGCGGCAGUCACAGCUUGUGUCACGGAUUCCAGCACUGGUCCCGGUGCGGGUGUGGCCUUACAUGUGUAUGAUGUGGCUGUGGCCCAGCAGGUGCAUGCUGUGGGCGGGGCCCCACAGGGCCCCAAGACCAAAUCUGAAGCAGAGGACAGUUUCCUGUGCCAGCCUCCCAAGGUUUCCUCUUCCAAGGAAGGUGAUGCCCACUACGUAGAGGUAGAUGAGAUCCACUACGCGACGCUCAGCUUUCAGGGGAGGAAGCCCAAGGAGCCACAGGGCCAGCCUGCCAUGCAGAGCGAGUAUGCAGAAAUACAGACUCACACGUGACAAGCUAGAGAGGCUUGGUCCUGGAUGGAAGGAUCCUGGCCUCCACGGGGCAGAGGGUGGGGGGGGAGGGGAGGGGGAAGCUACAGCCCCUUCCCCCAGCCACAUGGCACCUCUAGGCUGUUGCUGGAUCUUUCCUCUGUUCGCCAGCUCUACAGACCCUGGCAACCCCAUCCUACCCUCCACCUCUGUGAGUUUAUGUUUUAAAAUCACAUAUGCGUGAGAUUGUGCAGGAUGUGUCUCCCUCUGUGCCUG